UAUCGUGCCCGGCCAGCCGCGCCCGCGACCGAAGGUGGAGCCAAAACACCACUGCAGCCCAAGUCAAUAAACUCGUUAGACCGACUUUCGAAACCAUUCAAGUGCCCAGGAUCUGCGACCUACACGCGUGUGUCAGAAAAACCAACAAGAAAGCGACGAAAGGUCAACUACGCAGAUGCCGACGGCAGCACAGAGGAUGGAGCGGAGAAGCCAUACACAAACGAGGAUCGAUUGGCGCUGGCAACGCGAGAGGUAAACAAGUUCCCCGUGUUUAAGCCCAAGGAUAAGGACGCAGCCUUCAGACAGAAGUUCUCCAUUCCUCUUAUCAACAAAUCCACUGGCGAGUACAGCAGUGGUCGCGCUGCGCCGACUCUGGGAAUGCGGCAGGGCGCGACAUUUGUUGUUAAACCACUGCAUGAUCCCAGUGGUGAGCUUGCAAUUGUACUCUAUGAUCCGACUAUCGAUGAUAUCGAAGAGCCCAUCCCCAAAGAUGUGGAAGUACCAAAGGAAGACGACGCCCCGAAAUUGGAGGAACCGCUGGUACAUAAGAGCUUGGCAGAUAUUCUUGGUCUGAAGAAAAAAGUGGAAAAGCGGCCGAAGGUGCCGGUGGUCAUAGAUCCGAGACUGGCGAAGGUCCUGCGACCACAUCAAGUGGAGGGUGUGAAGUUCAUGUACCGAUGUACAACUGGAAUGGUUGACAAGAAUGCCAAUGGUUGUAUCAUGGCAGAUGGUAUGGGGUUGGGUAAAACGCUUCAAUGUAUCGCCUUGAUGUGGACUUUGAUCAAGCAGGACCCAGAGGCUGGCAAAACUACUAUCCAAAAAUGUGUGAUCGCCUGUCCGUCUAGUUUAGUUGGAAACUGGGCAAAUGAACUAGGAAAAUGGCUUGGAAAAGAUGCGACAACCCCCUUUGCAAUCGAUGGCAAAGCCUCCAAGGCUGAGCUAACUCUUCAAAUAAAACAAUGGGCAGUUGCAUCGGGUCGCGGAAUCGUUCGGCCUAUUCUCAUCGUCUCUUAUGAAACCCUCCGCAUGUAUGUGGAUGCGUUGAAGGACACGCCGAUUGGGCUUUUGCUAUGUGAUGAGGGCCAUCGACUGAAGAAUAAGGAUAGUUUGACGUGGACAGCGUUGAACAGCCUCAAUGUAAACCGUCGAGUCAUUCUUUCCGGCACACCCAUCCAGAACGACCUAUCGGAGUAUUUUUCUCUGCUUCACUUUGCCAACCCCAAUCUGCUGGGAUCACAAGCCGAAUUUCGCAAGAGAUUCGAGUUGCCCAUUCUGCGCGGCCGAGAUGCCGCAGGUACAGAAGAAGCCCGAAAACUCGGUGAUGAACGUCUCACAGAGCUAUCCGGCAUUGUGAACAAAUUCAUCAUUCGCCGAAGCAACGAGCUCUUAUCAAAAUACCUACCUCUCAAAUACGAGCACGUUGUGUUCUGCAAUAUGGCUCCGUUCCAACUGGACCUGUACAAUCACUUUAUCCAGAGUCCGGAGAUUCGAAGUCUGCUACGAGGCAAAGGCAGCCAGCCAUUGAAAGCCAUUGGUAUCUUGAAGAAACUCUGUAAUCAUCCGGAUCUUUUGGAUCUUCAAAAGGAUCUUCCAGGGUGUGAACACGCAUACCCUGAGGAUUUCACUCCACCAGAGGCUCGAGGACGCGACAGAGAAGUAAAAAGCUGGUAUUCUGGAAAAAUGAUGGUACUUGACCGUAUGCUUGCUCGGAUCCGUCAAGAUACCAACGACAAGAUUGUCCUUAUCAGUAACUACACCCAGACUUUGGAUUUGUUUGAGCGACUUUGCCGAUCCCGGGGUUAUGGGAAUUUGCGGCUGGAUGGCACUAUGCCCAUCAAGAAGCGAACAAAGCUGGUCGACAAAUUCAAUGAUCCCGAUGGCCCUGAGUUCGUAUUCCUCCUCAGUAGUAAGGCUGGUGGAUGUGGUCUGAACUUGAUUGGUGCGAAUCGACUUGUCUUGUUCGACCCUGACUGGAAUCCUGCUGCCGACCAGCAGGCCUUGGCCCGUGUGUGGCGAGACGGCCAAAAGAAGGAUUGUUUUGUUUAUCGCUUCAUUGCAACUGGAUCGAUCGAAGAGAAGAUCUUCCAGCGCCAGUCACACAAGCAAUCUCUUUCGUCUUGUGUCGUGGACUCAGCAGAGGACGUUGAGCGGCAUUUCUCCUUGGAGUCAUUACGAGAGCUUUUCCAGUUUAAACCAGAGACUCGUAGUGAUACACACGACACCUUCAAGUGCAAACGUUGCCGACCGGAUGGAACGCAGUUUAUCAAGGCCCCUGCUAUGCUUUAUGGCGAUACAAGCACAUGGAAUCACUUGGUCAACUCCGGAGAGCAGGGGCCACUGGGCCAGACUCAAGACUUACUUAUGCGACAGGAAGCUGGCGAACGAGAUGUCUCGGCUAUAUUCCAGUAUAUCAGCCAUUGA